UAUAUCAAUCACACUUAUGACCUGAUUGAUCGUUCUUCAUAAAUUGUAUAUUAAACUUGUCAUAUAAUUAGUUUAAAUUCGAUCGAAUCAGAUUCAAACUAGAAUUUUCCACACAGCAUCUGCAUUUCGUCCAUUAUCUCCUGCGGCUCCUGUCUAUAUAUACCCCAGUUUCCACAGCGGGAUUAUCAUCAUUUUCCGAGAAAAGCCAAAAAUCAAAGUUCUUAGCAUUCAUUUUCAGAACAAUGGAGAUUGAAAUUGAAGUGGUCUCCAAAGAAACCAUCAAGCCGUCUUCUCCAACCCCAGAAUCACUAGGAAAAUACCAGCUUUCGUUUAUCGAUCAGAUUGCCCCUCCUAUUUUCAUGCCACUCGUUUACUUCUAUCAAGCAGAUGCCAGAUUCUCCAACCCUGGAAAAUCAGACCAUCUAAAGCAGUCUUUAUCUAAAGUCCUGUCAAGAUUCUACCCCUUGGCAGGCCGAGUGGUCGACGAUCUAUACAUCGACUGCAACGACAAGGGGGCACCCUACGUCGAGGCCGUAGCUAAUUGCAGUCUUUCACAAGUCAUCACGAAUCCCGUCCCCAUGAACAUGAACAAAUUUCUACCCUACAAAUUGGACGACGUGCAAAAUCUUGGCAUGGCUGUUCAAGUUACGCAUUUCCAAUGUGGUGGGACUGCAGUGGGCCUAGUCAUUUCGCACAAGAUUGCUGAUGCAUUAUCGUUCUUCCUGCUGGCCAACACGUGGGCUGCUGUCGCACGAAAUGGGAACUAUGACGACGUGCCUGGCCCCAAGUUCGAGGGGGCAAAGAUUUUCCCGCCGCGGAAUGCUGCUGGGUUCAAGCCCAGUACAGGAAUUGUGAAAGAACAACUCGUCACGAAAAUCUUUACAUUCCCGGCCUCGAAAAUCUCCACCCUCCGGGAAAGAUACUCGGGCGGGGCCACCGAGUUCCUGCAUCGACGGCCAACCCGGGUGGAGGCGUUGUCAGCUUUUAUAUGGACCCGAUUCAUAUCCGCCACUGGAAUGAAAGCGGACCCGAACAAGAUCUACACCGUGCUCCAUGCAGUAAACCUAAGAACCCGCCUCGAUCCGCCGCUGUCUGAGUACCAUUUCGGCAACAUAAGCCGGCUGGCAAUCGCCAUGCCAUCCGUGGGAGCUGACGACGGCUGUGCGCUUUUGCAGAAAGUAAGAGAAGCCAUAAGAUCCGUGAACGGAGAAUAUGUGGCUCAGUUGAGGCAGGGGGAUAAGCAUUUGAACUUCCUUAAAGAGAGAAUGGCUCAGGCCAACAAAAGCGAGCUGCACACGUUCAACUUCACAAGCUUGUGUAGGUUUCCGUUGUAUGGAGCGGAUUUCGGGUGGGGCAAGCCGGUUUGGGUCGCGUCGGCGGGAUUAACUUACAAGAAUCUAGUGACUUUUAUGGAUACAGCGACGGGGGAGGGAAUAGAGGCGUGGAUUAACUUGACGCAAGAGGAUAUGGAGAAAUUUGAAGCUGAUUUGGAGCUGCAAGAGUUUCUUUCAAAAGUCAAAACCUUUGGUAUUCACAAUUCGGAUAUUGUAGCUUGAUUUCAUGCGUGUUGAUGAAUUUAUGGGAGCGUUUGCAAUAGUUGUAUAUGUUCAUACAAAUUUUGAGUCAGCCAAAAUGAAUUUCGGUACUAGAUAAA